AUGGUAUACAAAGGCACAUUCAGAGGAAAAGAAGUUCCAAUUAAAAAGAUGAAACACAUACAAAAGAUGAGUCAACUUCUGAAUGAUUUUGAAAAUGAAGUGAAUAUGUUGGACAAGUUUAGAAGUGAGUAUAUCAUCCACUUCUAUGGCGCUUGUUUUAUUCCAAACCACAUAUGCACGGUCACCGAAUUUGCUUUGUUUGGGUCUUUACAAGAUUUGAUGAAACACAAAAAGUCUGAUCAAAUUGGUUUGAAAAUUAAAAUGAAAACCAUAAUAAAUGCUUCCAAAGGAAUUUUGUAUUUACAUGAAAAUGGCAUUUUACAUAGAGACAUUAAACGUACAUACUCGUCGUUUCCUUGGAAAAUAGAAUGA